AUGUCUCCUAUCUUCAAAGCAGCCUUGAUACAACUGGCACCCGAGCCCCUCAACCCCACCUCCAACUUCCAUAGAGCCUCUCAAUUCAUCCGUGAAGCUUCCGCCCAAGGUGCAGAUCUCGCCGUUCUCCCAGAGUAUCACCUCACCGGCUGGGUUGCUGAUUCCAAUGCACUCACUACCCAUGCCUUAGACUGGGAGACCUGGAUACAGAAAUACCAAUCCCUUGCCCGUGAACUGCAUAUCAACAUCGUCCCUGGCACUAUUGUCCAGGCAGACUCGAGCUUCAAAUCCACCUGUGAUUCCACCAAACCUGGCUCGCUAAACCAACCCUCCCUCCUAAACGUUUCGACAUUCAUCUCAGAUAAAGGAGAAAUCCUUGGCACCUACACCAAAAUCAACCUCUGGCACCCUGAACGUCCCCACCUGACCCCCUCCUCACUCUCUACACCCCAUACCGUCCUCGCCACCCCACUAGGUCCCGUAGGUAUCCUGAUCUGCUGGGACCUCGCAUUUCCAGAAGCAUUCCGUGCCCUGGUCCAGCAAGGCGCAAAGAUAAUAAUCAUCCCCACCUUCUGGACAGCUAGUGACUGCAUGGUCGAAGGGCUGCGGCUGAACCCAAAGGCCGAGGCGUUGUUUGUGGAAUCAGCAUUGACGGUGCGAGCAUUCGAGAAUACUUGUUGUGUUGUCUUUGUGAACGCGGGAGGGAAUGACGACGACGGGCCGAUGGGGUUGAGUCAGGUAGCCAUGCCGUUUGUGGGCAAGGUGAAGGGCAGUUUUGAGGGCAAUGAAGAGGGACUCAGGGUAGUAGAGGUAGAUACGGAGAUUUUGGAAGAGGCUGAGAGGCAUUAUAAGGUUAGAGAGGAUAUGGGAAGGGAGGAUUGGCAUUAUGGGUACAGUCAUGGCAGGAAGUGA